AUGAGUGAAAUAAAGAUUCAACAUCAGUAUUGGCAGGCAACUGAUAGUUGUGGUGUUGGGUUGGGUAGCGGCAGCAGCAUGAGAGGAGGACACAUAGUCUGUUGGAUGAGACAGAGGCAACUUAUUCUAUGCACUUGCAGGCAUGCUGAGAUUGAGGCGCUUAUACAUAUUGUCAGGGAUGAUUUCAAAGAUACUUUUGCUGCUCCAUCUCAAAUAUGCUUAUUAAAAGCUGUUGCUGCAGAAUUUUCUAACCGAAGGUUUGCAAUGAAGCUAAUGAACCAAUGA